UGCUGAGAAAAUGGUCACAUUUCUCGAUCAGCAGUUUGUGUCAGCAGAACACCAGUUGAGGAAUUCUAUCCCCAUUCAACUGUCUCUGAGGACUUUCAAGGCAGGUUUUUUUUAACGAUAACAGAGUGGUUCUAUAAUGGCUCAUUGAAUUUUAGCUUGAUGAAAAGGCUUUUAAUCUUAUCGACGCAUGGGGUGGCCGGGCCAGUGUGCUGAAAACCACCGGAGCAAAGCAGUCUGAAAAGCGCUAACUGCUGGUCGAAUCCCGGACUUUUGUCAACUCUGUUUAUAAUGAAAAGUGGCUUUAUCUCUGGAGGGUUCAAGCCGGUUAGAAUGGAGUUAGUUUACAGCUUGAUGUUUCUUAUGGAGAUUUUUGUUCGCCCCCGAUUCUCAAAAGGUUUGAUGACCUUGUAUAGAUGAUCAUUAGUGUGUAUGCACGCUCGGUUAUAACGCACGUUGUUCGUCACGCAAGGUGUUAUUAGUAUUGUUAAUGUGGGAUUUUUGUUUUACGAUCGUAUACUUGGAAUACAUCAGACGGCUGUUCAGCCAUUUCUCGCCACAGUGAUAUUCGUUAUGGAUCUUGUGUUUGCUAACCGUCUCGCCAACAGUAAAGAAGCGGGGAAAUUUAAUUAAUAUGUUCUCAGUCUUGCGCAUGAGUGUAAAAGUGUACAUGAAAUAGUUGUUCGUUGAUGUGAUCGCUUUGGAGGAUUGAUUUAAGAUGACUACUCCUCCACCGCCAUCUCCACAGGACAACCAUUUUUGGAAAUCCCAAUCCCGACAGCAGAUUUCACCUCAUCACCAACCCCAUGACUCCAGCCUCAAAUCUGUCCACUUUAACGGUAAAAUGAAGUUGGGAAAGACGACGAGUUGCCCCUCGACGCAGGGGGAGCUUCCCCCGCUCGUUGGAGUCCCACACAUCCAGGAAAAAUCCCGGUUCCACAACCCAACGACGCCGGACUCCACUGCAAGCCAAACUUUACAUCAUGUGCCACUAUCGGAGAGUGAAUUUUCCCCUGCAGCAAGCGCCGGAAGCCCGCUCAUACACCGCCGACUUAAGUUCAUGGUGCGACAGUGUUCGGACUCGGAACUUCUAAAACACCGCGGGAAUCCGAACUUGCCAUCGGGGGGAAGCGCGGCUGCGAGCCCCGUGCCCAUUCCGCAUCCUCCGGAUACAAGUCCCCGUUCUCGCAACUCUUCCGGAUCAAACUCACCUCAGGUUUUCCGUAAACCCUAUUUACUAAACCCCGCCGUGGCCGGAGUGACUAGAGCGAGUCGGUCGUUGGAAGGUUCCCCGAUGAAUGUCCGUAGAAAACGAGGAGGUGCGAAGCAGCAGCAAGGUGGUGGGGAGUCACCAACGCCGACCGGAAACGAACCGGGAAAGACCCGUCGAACUAGACCCUUCUCGUUCGGCUCUUUUACGGAUGUCUUACAACAUGUAGCUAACACGGGAGAAGCUUCACCGAGGAGCGGAGGUUCACCGUAUAUUGUCCGAAGGUCAGCGAGCCUGCGGGGCGGGACCCUCAUGCCGUCUAGUCGACCCGACACACCCGCCACGGAGUCGAUGUACGACACCAGGAAGUCACACCACCACUCGUCAUCAUCAGGUGAACGGAAUGGCGUUGACGAUAGUGACGUCACCAGCAUCGCCUUGGAGGACAGCUCCGACAUAGAGGGCGGGAACAUCCACUUGAGACGGAGGCUACGUCACGACUCCGGCUCCCAGCAUGGACAGCGAAACUCCACAGGACAUAUCGAUUACAAUCGAAACUUGCCAAAGCAGCAACCAGCUUACGAUGAUCAGGAUAGCGAUCACGAGGUUGAUGACGACACCAACUUCCCCAGCAACCUGUACGACAUACAAGAAAGGCGGGAAAGUGUUCUGAGUAUAGAGGCAUGUCAAGAAAUUGCCCGUAGAGUUGCAGCCAAUGAGAUAGGCAAUGCUGCCGAAAAGAACGAUAGCGAUGAACAUGACAACACGAGCGGAGACCACACAACAACCAAAACGAAGGGACCUAGUGACUCUACCCCUGAGUAUAGAAAACUCCCAUUGUCAACUGACGUCAGAGUGACGUGUUGGCUAAAAGGUAUUCAAGAUCCAACGGAAGUAGCACCACCUAAAUUUGACAGAAUUUUACCGGAAAUUAUAUGAUGUUUUACCCGGGUAUUAUUAAGAACGACUGAGACUUGAAUAUAGGCAACUCGUGCAUUAAAAAUGAAUCUUCGUUGUGGUGUGACCAUUAUAAAGCCAUUAUACACUUUCGGUACAGAAAAAUAAA